AUCUGACGUGCCCCUCCCGGAAAUCACCAUCACCGCUCAACAAAUGAGCAGAGCCUGCUCAGCUAAUGUUUACAUCUACGUGGACGUUCGGACGUUCGUGCGUUCUUUCGGGUGCAUCAUCGCUCCACGCCAAGCUCAGGAGGCUUUUGGGGGCUGGUUUUAGCACACCUCACCCAAACCCUGAUUUAUCUGCGAAUUUGCAAGUGACACAGGCGCUGCCUCUCCUCUCAACUGUGCCACAACAAAGUCCGCCGCUCUCUUAUCCAGUAUAAGGUCCAUCGGCUUCUGCCACCGCACCUUGUCAUGCGGCAUCGUCCAUGUCUCGCCUCUGGAGCAACGCGAAGAGUUGGACCCAACAAUUGGGCACAAGAAGGGUCCAGCAACAGCAAUGGAAGGACGCGGAUUCGGUAGAGCUGCGGAAGCUCGCCUCGGAACCAUCUGAAUACGUGCCAGGCGGCUAUCAGUAUCAGGACACCCCAUCUCCAUAUCGACCGUAUUCGAACUACUAUGCCGAUGUCUUCGUCGACCCGAAUGACAACAAGGCGUACAGUCGCGGAACCCGGCGUUAUACCCAGGGCUGGCGGUUUGGCGCCAUCAAUUGCGCCAUCUCAGCUUCUGUCGUUUUCCUCAUCAAUUUUAUCGUCACGAUUUGGGGUUCUGUGCAUGACAAGGGGAAGGGUGGCAUUCUCAUGGAGGGCGACUGCGAGGAGGUUCGCCGAACGAAUACCGGCCUCCAUUUCCUCAUCAACUUGCUGAGCACGAUUCUGCUCAGUUCGAGCAAUUAUUGCAUGCAAUGUCUCUCGGCGCCCACGAGGAACGAAAUCGAUCAAGCGCAUGCAAAGGGGACGUGGCUCGACAUCGGUGUCCCAAGUAUCCACAACCUCAGGCAGAUCAACAAGAAGAGAGUAAUACUAUGGGUCUGCCUUGGCCUGUCCUCUCUUCCCUUGCAUCUCUUCUACAACUCAGCCGUCUUCUCCUCCAUAUCAUCCAACAACUACUACGUCUUCUCCGUCAGCCAAUCCUUCGUCGACAACGCAGAGUGCUACAACUGCGGCAACAUCUCCAACAGUUCAUAUCCAAGGAUAGAGCAACCGGUACGCGACAUGCACGCCAAAGCUCACAACGGCAGCCUCGAGCGCCUCUCAAACUCCGAUUGCCUCAACGCAUAUGCCGAGAUGAUUCAGAGCAACAGACGAAACCUUCUCCUCGUUGCCAGGGAUGAUAAAUUCCCUGCCGCGAGCCAGUCCAAACUCGGUGCUACGAAUGUCUAUGCCUACGACACUUUUGAUGCGGUGGAUGCGUCUUCGUCGGAGCCGGCCGUCAACGCCUACUCGUGGAUGUGCGAGGGCUCCGAAUACUAUGAUUACUAUAAGAACCCUUGCGUCUCUGCCAUCGAUAAGGUUAAGAGCAGCCCGGAUGUGUGGAGAGUGGGAGCUUCAUUUGGCAGCGCGGCGUAUGAUACCGGCGCGUAUCCAGUCGAGUAUUGUCUCAGCGAGAAGGCGGAGCCGCACUGCAAAUUGCAGUUCGUUCCGCCGAUUGCGAUUCUGGUCACGAUUCUCAAUCUAUUCAAGGCGGUUAUUAUUUUCUACACCGCGUUCGCGGUCAAGGAGGAACCGCUCAUGACGAUGGGCGAUGCCGUGGCCUCGUUCCUCGAGAAGAAGGAUCCUACCACGAAGGGCAUGUGCCUCUUAUCAGUCCGCGACGUCAAAAAGCACAAGGGCUAUUUCCCCGCGGGGCCAAAAGAAUGGACAGACAAGAAGUACCGCUGGAAAGACGUCGCCAGCCGCACACGUCGCGGUGUCACCACUGCCAUGUUUACUAUAAUUCUCGUCGUCGUCACAGUGCUCAUGAGCUGGGGCAUCAGAGCCCUGCCUGACACCCAAUCCCGCUCCCUCCCUGCGCUCGCUAAACUUGGCUACGGCGCCAUCGACCCCCGCACCAUCAUCUCCUUCGGCUACUCCAUCUCCCUCGUCUCCAGCGUGCUCAUCGCCAAUAUCGCGCAGCCUAUCCUCUCCUUCCUAUACUUCAGCUACAACGGGCUGUUCACAUGUAUGCUGCUCGGCUACGAGUGGGCGUCGUACGCGCAGCGCCGGAAGGGGUUACGCGUGUCGAGGGCCCCGGCGGGUGCGCAGAGGAGUACGUACUUUCUGCAGCUGCCAUAUCGCUUUGCGCUGCCGCUUAUGGCGCUGAGCGGUGUUUUGCAUUGGCUAGUGAGUCAGAGCAUCUUCCUCGUUGCUGUUGACGUGUACACCUGGGAUGGGGGUCGCCACGCAACCUCUCCCUUCUCUAGCGGAGGGGACUGGAAAUCCUGCGGCUACUCGCCUAUCGCUAUUAUCUCCGUACUCGUGCUGGGGAUUCUCAUGACGUUCGCGAUGGUAGGGUUUGGCUUCAUCCCGUACAAACCUGGCAUGAAUCUCGCUGGGAGCUGUAGCGCUGCCAUCAGCGCGGCGUGUCAUAACACCGAGUGGGAUGAUGUCCAUGGGCAUGUUGCUGCGAUGGAGAAGCUGAAGUGGGGAGUUGUGGGGAUGAGUGUAGACGGCGAGGGCCAUGUGGGUCAUUGUACUUUUUCAACGAGGGAGGUUGACAUGCCCACACAGGGCGUCCGGUAUGCUGGGUAAUUGGGAUUGGGAUGAGUGUACUCACGCAUUUACCAGGGAUUACGACUAUCCCGUAGAAUAUAGAUAUCAGACGCAUCAUGAAAGCAACUCCCGAAAUAGCGUGGCGUGUGAACGAAUCACCC